AUGAAGGACAUAUUAAGCCACAAGAAGGACUGGAGGGAAGUAGAGACAGUCUUCCUCAUCGAAGAGUGCAGUGCAGUCAUCCAAAGGGACCUACCAGGAAAGCUCCAGGAUCCUGGAAGCUUCGUGAUACCCUACAACCUUGGAGACACUUGCACAAGGAAGGCUCUAUGUGAUCUUGAGUUGGCUGACGGUUCGGCCAAGAUUCCAGCAGGAGUGAUUGAAGACCUGAUUGAAAGGGUUGGACCCUUUGCAUUCCCUACAAAAUUUGUAGUCUUGAAUAUGGAAGAACACAAGAAUAUGUCCAUUAUUCUAGAGAAGCCUUUUUUGGCCACAAGAAGAACCCUCAUUGACGUGAAAAAAGGGAGAGUGAUCCUGAGAGUCAAUGAGAACGAGUUUGUACUGGAUGCCACCAAGGCCAUGCAGUACUCUGAUACACCAGAUGAGUGCAUGAAAAUUGAUAUCAUUGAUUCCUUGGUAGAAGAGAUACAUACAAUUGAGAGCUUAGAUAAGGAGCUAAUUGACAUCCUUGAAGAUGCCAGCCCUAACCAAGAGGUGUCAGGAGAGCAAGAGAAUGCGUCAGAAGGCCCUAAGGUGGAGGAUGGACAUCCUAACCAUCAUCUUUGA